CCCACAGGGAAAGACCCCUGGCAGUGCGGUCUAUGAGUUAUUUACAGCAGUCUGUGUCAGACGAAAGGCCAGGAUGGACCCACAUCUCCCUGAAAACAUUUACUGUGUGUCCCGGCCCAUCUACUCCAACCCCGCCUUCGAGGAGGACAACAAGCGACGAGCCCGAGACAGCAGAACUCUGAGAGAGAGGCUGAGUAGGUACUGCGGAUGCUCCAGCAGGAAGGCUCUGCAGGUGUUGAAGGGCGUGAUCCCUGUCCUGGACUGGCUCUCCAAAUACCCAAUCAGGGACAGUCUGCUCAGUGAUGUCAUCUCGGGAGUCAGCACCGGGCUGGUGUGCUGUCUGCAGGGCCUGGCCUAUGCACUGCUGGUGUCAGUUCCUCCAGUGUAUGGACUUUACUCCGCCUUCUUCCCCAUCCUCACCUACUUCUUCCUGGGCACCUCAAGGCACAUCUCUGUUGGUCCAUUCCCCGUCACCUGCCUGAUGAUUGGCUCAGUGGUCUUGACCCUUACUCCUGAUGACAGCUUCCUGCUUCCCCUGAAUGGCAGCAGUGCAAAUGAAACUGGUGUGGACUUGGAGGCCCAGGAUGCUCAGAGGAUCACAGUGGCCAGCACCAUGACUGUGCUCAUAGGACUGUUUCAGGUGGCGAUGGGCCUGCUGCAGGUGGGGUUCCUGGUCCGAUACCUCUCCGAUCCACUGGUAGGAGGGUUCACCACCGCAGCUGCCUUCCACGUCCUCAUCUCCCAGAUCAGGAUCAUCCUCUCCGUACCAACCAACAACCACAAUGGGUUCUUCUCCAUUGCGUAUGUACUCAUCGAUGUGUUUAACCACAUUGACCAAACCAACAUGGCUGACCUGGUGGCAGGGCUGUUGACCAUCAUUUUUGUCAUGGCUGUGAAGGAGAUCAACACCAGGUUCCAGCACAAGCUUCCAAUGCCCAUCCCCAUUGAAGUGAUAGUGACCAUGGUUGGAGCAGGUAUUUCUUAUGCAGUGGACCUGGACUGUCGCUAUGGCGCCAGCAUUGUCAAAAGCAUCCCCAGGGGGUUUUCCCCACCACAGAUCCCUGAUGCAGCUUUGUUCUGGAGGAUGCUGGGCUCCAGUUUCUCCACAGCAGUGGUGGGGUAUGCUGUAGCUGUUUCUGUGGCCAAAGUCUACGCUGCCAAAUACGACUACACCAUAGACGGCAAUCAGGAGCUGGUGGCUUUCGGGGUCAGUAACGUCUUCACAGGCUGCUUCUCUGGCUUCGCGGCGAGCACCGCCCUGUCACGCACCGCUGUACAGGAGAGCACAGGGGGCAGGAGUCAGGUGGCUGGGGCGGUCUCGGCGGCGAUGGUGAUGAUCGUGAUAGCAGCCCUCGGUCACCUCCUGGAGCCCCUGCAGAAGUCGGUGCUGGCGGCCAUCAUCGUCGCUAACCUGAAAGGAAUGUUCGCGCAGGUGGCGGCCGUUCUCGCUCUCUGGAGGCAGAGCAGAGCCGACUGUCUGAUCUGGAUCGUUACCUGCCUGGCUUCCAUUGUGCUGGGUUUGGACGUGGGCCUGCUUGUCGGCCUGCUAUUUGAGAUGGGAACAGUGGUGAUCAGGACCCAGUACCCAGCAUGCUCUGCUCUGGGAAACAUUCCUGGCACCGAUAUCUACAGGAAUAUGAAGGACUACAAGAACGUAGCUGAGGUGCCUGGCGUCAAGAUUUUCAAAUGCAGCUCGCCCAUCUACUUUGCCAACAUCGAUUACUUCAAAGAUCAGCUGAAAGCUGUGGUGGGGUUUGAUCCCGUUCGAGUGUUCAGGAAGCGGAGCCAGGCACUCAGGAAGAUCCACAAGCUCAUUAAGAAAGGAAAACUGAGGGCAAUAGAGAAUGGGACCAUAGCGACGGUCUCACAGGGCCUGGAUAAUCAGGGUUUUGAGGACGAGAGGACUUUGGGCCGGGCGGAGGCGGACGUCCAGGUGGACUGGGCCUCAGAACUGCCAGGGAAGCUGGCAGUGCCCAAGGUCCACAUCCACAGCCUGGUUCUGGACUUCUCUGCCGUCUCCUUCCUGGAUGUGGUGGCUGUCAAGUCCCUUAAGAUGGUCAUUAAGGAAUUCCUCAGGGUUGGGGUGAACGUCUACAUCGCAGGCUGUGACGACGAGAUCGUCAGGAGCCUGGAGGCCUUGGCCUUCUUUGAUGAGGUGGUGACAAAGGACCUCCUCUUCCUCUCUGUCCAUGACGCCGUCCUGUUCAUCAGACUGGAGACAUUUACCAGGAGUCUGCAGCACGACAAUGACAACGGGAUCACUGUGAUGCAGGAGAGUAAGGAGCCACUGCCUUUCACAGAGGAAGAGGACCUGAUUGAGGCCUAUGACAAUGAGCAUGAGGCCAUGCGUGGGCUGUCCAGUUAAGAGCAAGCAUUGUGCGGGGGUAUUUCUCCCAACCCUGAGGCCCUGUUCCAGUUACAUUCUCUCAGAAUGGAGGACAUGAGAAUCCAGUGACCACAGGAGGCCGAGGUCUGACCCUGCUGUUUUUCACAUAAGACAGAAAACCGAGUUUCCCAGAAAUCCUGCUGUUUCCUCAUUGUUUCUCCCAAAAGUGAUCUUCAGUAGUGGCUUCAACCUCUGUUCAUUUAGUACCCCCCACCUGGGCUUUGAUCCAGGAUCAGCUAUCCCAUCUAUCAUCCUGACCCUGCCUACCUGCCAGAUGUGAGGUGCUCAAAGGUGGCAUCGUGUUACCUGGGCCACAGGAAGUGGGAAUGGGCUUAAAGGAAGUUGAAUGACUUGAUUUUCUGCUCAGUGAAGAAAAUCAUGAAGAGAUACAGAGGACAUGUUAAGACCUUUUGAUUUUUAAAAAAAAUUACAACAUCAACAAUGGACAUUUAUAACAUCAUCUAACAUUUAUGCUGAAUGUUUUUCUUAUGGCAAGAAUCAUGUCUGUUGGCUGCUGGAUAGUCUUUGACAAGAUACUGGCUAUAUCACUGGAUUUUGUAAAGAAAGAUUGCAUGGACUUGCAUAUUAUGAAAAGAAGCAAUACACAUUUAUGAGGUAUCUUACAUACUACAGUAAACCCCUUCGCAGACUAAUACCUUCCCGGCUUGAAAACUGUCCUAACCUAUAUAAAGCUAAGAGAGAUAUACGCCCUGGCCUAGCAUGUAUGUGGUGUGAAGUAAAUGGUAGAAAAAAGAAAACAGACAAACAAUAUAAACCAAAAAAGGCACAAGGCUGACCCUUAACCCUUGGCAAUGGAAUUCACCCAGCCUCACUGACUCCUCUGCUUGUACUGGGCCAGCUCUGUCUGGGCCUCCACACAGCUGGGGUCAUGUUAUCCUUGCAGAGGGACUCCAUGUUCAGUUUUAAGUUGUUUUUUUAUUAUCAUUGAAAUCUGGUGGCGCAGUGCAACCCUACUUGCGUGGGCCUUGGUUGUGAAUGUGGUACAGUGGAUGACUGACAAUGGUGUUUCAGUCCUGAAAGACAAACAAACAGCAAUAUUACAAACACCAGGUGAUGCACCCUUGAGACCCCUCUUAUCCCUGCAAGCCGUAUUGAGCUCAGCUUGUUACGAAGCAACGAUCUUUACCAAAACCAACCAUUCAUCUUCU